UGUCUGGCUCAAUUUCUGGGUCGGAUCAGGGUCAGGGAAUCUGAGUCCCCAGGAGGCUGGGGACAGAGCUGAAGCCCAGGUUCAGAUGGCGGCCGUGGAAGGCGGAGAGCCGUCAGCGAGGCAGGGCCGGGGCUGCGGGAGCUUGCGGGAGGGAAGCUCCCGUGAACCGCAGAGACGCUCUGCAGGGGAAGCCGCGUGGUGUGCGACCCUGGGCGUUGAGCUCCAGGCUUCUUGGCAAAGAGGACUGUGGAUUCCUGGCCCUGUGACCUUGGGCAAGUUACUUACUGAACACCCUCUGGACCUACCAGUAAAAGAACAAUAACAACAAUCGCCCUAAAAAUACUAGAAGAUGAAAUAGACAAUCCUGGCACACAGUAAAUGCCCAGUAAAUGUUAGCCCUUAUUUAAUAUGAAUAACAGUAGCUGCCAUUUAUCCGGAACUUACUAUGGGCCAGGUAGUGGAUUCUAGUUCUGUCUGAGUUCAAAGACCAUGUUUUGUUGUUACCGUAUCUUCUAACCAUUUGAAGACUGGGAUAGGGAAGGGCUCAGAGACGAAAGGAAGAUUGUCAGUAAAGACCUAGGCCUAUAAGACCACAGACAUUUUAGUAGUUACUUUAAAACUAUCUCAAGUAAAGAAGAGUGUUAGAAAAUAAUAUUAGAUGUAGACUGAGACCAGAUAAUAGCAGAUCUUGAAUGCCAGAGUAAGGAAUAGCUUUCAAGGAAUAGGGCCAUCUUUUAUUUUGGGAAGAAGAAGACUUCAACAAUAAAAAUAAAACUUGUUAUUUAUCAUGGUUCCAGAGAGGAGUUACCCAAAACAUGAAUAGAAGCUUCAGGGAAGCAGAUUUUGACUUCAUAUCUACAUACAGAUGUGCAUACAUUUACAACAUUCACCUACCCACCCCAAAAAUAGAUUUUUCAUUAAAAAAAAAAAACACCUUAAGCCAAUUACUUCUGUAAGGACUGCAGACAUGAGCAAUAUAGAAUCUUGGCUAGCAGUUUAUAAACUUAAUCUGUUUUAUACUUGUCUUGUUCUGCUUAUUUAUUUCCACCUGGAAAGUUGGUCAGGAUGGGUCACAGGGAAGGAGAAAAUUAAAGUAGUAAAAGUAGUUUGAUUACAUAACUACUGAACAUCACAUUAUGUAUGAGACAUCUUAUGUAUAAUAUUUAGCAAAAAACCCUUCUUAUCCCCCAAUCAUACCAUUUAGGAAACAACCCACCUUAAAUUUGUCCCCUACAAAAUUUCUGGCAAUGAUGUACUGGACAGCCAUGACUGUGAAGUAAAACUUUGCUCUCCUUUUGUUUUGUUUUGUUUUGUUUUUGAGAUGGAGUUUCACUCUUGUUCCCUAGGUUGGAGUGCAAUGGCACGAUCUCAGCUCACUGCAACCUCCGCCUUCCAGGUUCAAGUGAUUCUCCUGCCUCAGCCUCCUGAGUAGCCAGGAUUACAGGCACCCGCCACCACGCCCAGGUAAUUUUGUAUUUUUAGUAGAGAUGGGGUUUCACCAUGUUGGCCAGGAUGGUCUCGAACUCCUGACCUUAGGUGAUCCACCCACCUCGGCCUCCCAAUGUGCUGGGAUUACAAGCGUGAGACCACACCCGGCCUCCUUUUGUUUUAAACUACAUUAUUUUAUUAAUACAUCAGGCAACUCUAUCCCACAAAACAUUUGUAAUGCUGGAAGUUAUUCUUACUCUUUUAAGUACUUCAGAAUAUUAUAUAUUCAACUUAAUAAUGAGAUAGUGACAAUUCGAACGGGUUUCACUUAGUAUACUAUCAGUUCACUGAGAACUAAUAAAAAAGUGUGGUUUUAGUGGGUCAUCCCAAAAAUCAAGUACACUUUGGGAAACAGGGAGUUAAAAAUCUUUCGGAAGUUAACUUGGUAUAAGAGUAUGAAAAGCCUCUGUUGCUCUAGUUCUGAGGAAAUGCUCUCCUUUUUCCUAAUAAAGCUUUCCACAGAAGACAAACUCUGUACACAAAAAAACAAGAAAUCAGAUAAAAAACUACUUGGUGAAAUGACUUCUUGUCACAUUGCUGAAGAACCUAUACAAAAGGUUGCUAUCUUUGGAGGAACCCAUGGGAAUGAGCUAACCGGAGUAUUUCUGGUUAAGCAUUGGCUAGAGAAUGGCGCUGAGAUUCAGAGAACAGGGCUGGAGGUAAAACCAUUUAUUACGAACCCCAGAGCAGUGAAGAAGUGUACCAGAUAUAUUGACUGUGACCUGAAUCGCAUUUUUGACCUUGAAAAUCUUGGCAAAAAAAUGUCAGAAGAUUUGCCAUAUGAAGUGAGAAGGGCUCAAGAAAUAAAUCAUUUAUUUGGUCCAAAAGAUAGUGAAGAUUCCUAUGACAUUAUUUUUGACCUUCACAACACCACUUCUAACAUGGGGUGCACUCUUAUUCUUGAGGAUUCCAGGAAUAACUUUUUAAUUCAGAUGUUUCAUUAUAUUAAGACUUCUUUGGCUCCACUACCCUGCUACGUUUAUCUUAUUGAGCAUCCUUCCCUCAAAUAUGCGACCACUCGUUCUAUAGCCAAGUAUCCUGUGGGUAUAGAAGUUGGUCCUCAGCCUCAAGGGGUUCUGAGAGCUGAUAUCUUGGAUCAAAUGAGAAAAAUGAUUAAACAUGCUCUUGAUUUUAUACAUCAUUUCAAUGAAGGAAAAGAAUUUCCUCCCUGUGCCAUUGAGGUCUAUAAAAUUAUAGAGAAAGUUGAUUAUCCCAGGGAUGAAAAUGGAGAAAUUGCUGCUGUCAUCCAUCCUAAUCUGCAGGAUCAAGACUGGAAACCACUGCAUCCUGGGGAUCCCAUGUUUUUAACUCUUGAUGGGAAGACGAUCCCACUGGGCGGAGACUGUACGGUGUACCCCGUGUUUGUGAAUGAGGCCGCAUACUAUGAAAAGAAAGAAGCUUUUGCAAAGACAACUAAACUAACGCUCAAUGCAAAAAGUAUUCGCUGCUCUUUACAUUAGAAAUCACUUCCAGCUCACAUCUUAUACAGUGUCUUACAAAUUCUGCUAGUUUGUAAGCUCCUCAAGAGCAGGGUUGUGCCUUAUUCAACCGCAUUCAUAGCUCCUAGCACAGUGCCUUAUUCGGUAGCCAUCUAAGCAGAUUUCUUAAAUUAAUUAACAUAUCUUAAAGAUAUCAUAUUUUAUGUAUGUAGCUUAUUCAAAGAAGUGUUUCCUAUUUCUGUAUAGUUUAUUAUACAUUAUACUUGGGUAGCUCAACAUUCUUAAUAAACAGCUUUUGUAUUCAGAAUAUAAAAUUGAAAUAGAUAUAUAUAAAAUUA